UUUUUUUUUUUGGAUAACACCUCAAUAUGUUAUAUGAUCAAGCUAAAAGGGAUGUUUUCUCAAGUGGAACAUCAUCACCAAAUCAAGAUUAUCACGAUAAUAAAAUGCAAGAUACACCCGUUAAUGCACCUUCAGUCACUACUAUCGUGUUAUUACAAGUACAAGCUUCAAUGAUUCAAGUCAUCAGUAAACUCAAGGUACAUAAUAAAGGUAUUCAAAAUGUGGUUCAAGUACCUAUAAGAUGGGGAUUAUUAUUUGGAUUAUUGGUUGUGGACAACGUGGCUCGUGCACUUCAAGUGGAUCAAGAAAUGGCUUUUAUUCAACAUUCAGAACAUUCAGAUGAACGAACUAUUACAGAAGAAGAUGAUGAUGUAUUAUCUGUUGAAGAUCUUUCUAUUGCUACUGUACCAACACCUCAACGGUCUCAAUCUGCUACUACACAUCGUUAUCAUCAACCUCGUCCAAUGGCUUCCAUGUCUUCUUCUCCACCUUCAUCUCCUCUUUUCGUUAUCCGUCCUCCUUUGGUAUCACAAUCAUCUGAUGGUUUACGUGUCCGAUUAAGAAAAUCAUCAUCUCCUCCUAUCUUAUCCAAUAUUCAACAACGUCCUUUAGUAGGCCGUACUGGUCAUGUUCGAUCACUUUCCAAUAAUGAUGGUAGAUUAUUACCAAAAGUUGCCAAUAAACCUUUACCCACUGUACGACGUGUGAUUGCUCAAAGAGAUUUAUCUAGUGUACCAAGUUCCCCAAAUGGUCUUCGUCGUAAAGUCUCCUUACAUGAUUUAAAUGCAGAACAACCUAUCAAACGAUCACAACAAACGUCUUCAUCAAAAGUGAAUAAUCAUUAGAUACAAAUCAUGAUGAUUAUAUUUUUUUUUUUUUGGUUUCAUAAAUAUAUAUCUUUUGUGCUUAGUGUAUUAUUUUUAUACUUCUUUUUUUUUCUUCUUAUAUUUCUUUUUUGUCUUUAGCACUAAUAAAAUGAAAUAAUAAUAAAUUGAUUAUUCCCCUACAAUUAUUUUCUCCUUAUUUGAUCUGUAUAUAAAUCAUUGAUGCUUAUUUUUGAAGGUGGCGUUCAUUGUUACACGUAUC